AUGGAGAUCACGAAUAUCAGAAGGGAAAACGAGAGACUACGCCGCGAACUGGGACAGCAAGAAGCGCUCAUCAAGUCACUUCGGCUUGCUCUUGAUGAAGCAGCCCAGAACGUUGUAGAUCUCAAGCGCAAAAACGCUGAAGCAGAAUUAGCACAUGAGCAGCACAUGAAUGAUCAUAUACGCGAGUGCCAGCAGGAGAUACUGACAUUGCGAGAGCAACUGUGCAAUGUGGAAAUUGCCAAACCUUCGGGACAAGCCUUCGCAAACAGUAUUGAGAUCUCAGACACAGCCAUACUUGGUCUGUGGAAAGGAUUGUCACAUAAAAUUUGCUCGCUCGCCAACGCUUUCCUCACUCGCUGUCCAGAAAAAGAAGAAUGGGGGCGGAGCCACCAGCAAGACACUGAUACAACUUUGCAAAUGACAGCUGUCGAGUACGCAUUACUGUCAGACGUCAAGACAAGAUCGGCUGUAGUGGAACACCUUAUCUGGCGUUCAGUUAUCUUUAGCAUCUUUGGAAUCGGGCAACAAGAGGAUCAACUUGGCGCUUUGGGGGUGAUCGCGGGUACUAAAUUCCAUGGUCAUUGCUGCGCCCUCAUUCCCAAAAUCUCCCAAGCCACAGCUGCUGAUUUCUUCUACUGGAGACCACGAGGCGCGGUUUUGGUGGAGACGAUAAUGGGCCUACGGGAUCAGGUUCUAGGGAGGCUUGCUCUCCGCGAGCAGGUCAGGUUAUCACUUUUGCUACCCUUAGACAGUAGGAAGAAUAUUUCGUUCAGAGAUGCGCUGUAUCAAGAUCUGCUCAACAUUUUCAGAGACGCGCUUGGGUUGUUCUCGACUUUCAUAAAAUCAAGGGCCUUGUUCUACGUAUAUUGGGUUACUCAAUCAGAACCCUCCAAGGAGAGAAUUAUUUUUAAUCCAGAGGUUAUGGAGGCUAAGACAUGGGGGAGUGGCCUGGAUGACGGACGACGUGUUGUUUUCAAUGUGUCACCAGGUCUUUCGAGAUUUGGUACUGUCGACGGCAUCGACUACGACCGUACCAUGAUUCUUGCCAAGCCUAGGGUAUUGUGCGACUAG